UGGCACCAUUUACCAAGUGGCACUCGACGCACACCGGAUCCUAAAAGGUGUUCCGUUUCGUUCCCGCUCAAAUCUCAACGAAACGGUCGCCGGUUACAAGAUACGACACAGGGAAGAAACACACAGAAGUUCGGUGUAUGCGCUGAUGUUCGAGGACUAUGAACAAAUUACGCUCAUGCACUUCGCAUAUGUCUGCUACGGCAGUUUUCCAACCCAACGACAUUAAAUCUGCUAACAAAAUCCAUACCUCUGUUAAUUCAAAUUCCAAAAAUGUCACUUCUAUCUUUUCCUCUAAUCGUCUCUUAAACCAUCUUUCAAAAUCCGGUCAGAUCGAUGAUGCGCGCCAAUUGUUCGAUGAAAUGCCACAUCGAGAUGCAUUCAGCUGUAACACCAUGAUUGCUGCUUAUGCCAGCUCCGGUCGACUGACCGAGGCCCAUCAACUGUUCAACGAGAUCCCAAACCGUAUUUCCAUAUCUUGGUCUUCUCUCAUUUCUGGGUAUUCCCGUUAUGGGCGUGGUUCCAAGGCAGUCAAGUUAUUCUGGCAAAUGCAGUCCGAGGGGCUAAGACCCGAUCAAUACACGCUCGGCAGCAUCUUGCGAGCCUGCUCGAGUGUGUCUGAACUCCGAAGAGGCGAGCAGGUCCAUGCCCAUAUCGUGAAAACAAUGUUCGACUCCAAUGUGUAUGUUGUUACAGGUCUCAUCGACAUGUAUGGGAAAUGCAAGCAGAUUUCAGAAGCUAGGUUUCUGUUUGAUAGAAUGCCCGACAGAAAGAAUCAUGUCUUGUGGACAGCGAUGAUCACGGGUUACUCUCAGAAUGGCGAUGGCCAUAGGGCGAUCGAGUGCUUCCAGGCAAUGCAUACAGAAGCUGUCAUGUCGAAUCAGUUCACAUUUCCAAGCGUUUUGACGGCUUGUGCCAUGGUUCGCGCACUUGAAUUUGGAAUGCAGGUGCACAGUUGUAUAGUUCGUAGUGGGUUUGGUCCCAACGUGUUUGUUGAAAGCGCAUUGAUCGAUAUGUACGCGAAAUGCGGGGAUUUGAACAGUGCAAGGAAGGUUCUGGAGGGUAUGGAGGCUCAAGAUGUGGUUUCUUGGAACUGUUUGAUAGUUGGGUGUGUGAGGCAGGGCUUUGAAGAAGAAGCUCUGUCCUUGUUUAAGAAUAUGCAUGUGAGGAGUGUGAAGGUCGAUGAUUUUACAUACCCGUCUGUUCUCAACUCAUUAGCUUCUUUUAUGGACGUCGAAAAUGGGAAAUCCAUUCAUGGGUCAAUAAUCAAAUCCGGUUUUGAGGCUUCUAAACAUGUGGGCAAUGCUCUCAUUGAUAUGUAUGCGAAGUGUGGGAGCUUGGAAUAUGCGCUCGGUGCAUUUGACAAGAUGCCUGAGCGGGAUGUCAUAUCUUGGACUGCACUGAUCACGGGUUAUGGACAGCAUGGGUUCCAUGAAAAUGCACUCAAGCUGUUCAGCCAGAUGAGAAUUGAACGUAUCGAAUCGGAUGCGUUUGUCAUUGCCAGUGUUUUGAGUGCAUGUGCUGGAUUAACAUUAUUGGAAUUCGGACGACAAGUUCAUGCGAUUUUUGUUAGAUCUGGAUUCAGGUCAUCUCCAUCUAUAGAUAAUUCUCUAGUGACAAUGUAUGCAAAAUGCGGGUGCAUUGAGGAUGCUCAUCAGGUCUUUGACUUGAUGAUGAUUCGGGACGUUGUUUCUUGGACAGCAUUGCUUGUGGGUUAUGCUCAGAAUGGAAGGGGAAAGGAGUCCAUACAUCUCUAUGAUAGAAUGCUUGAGAGCAGAACGAAACCUGAUUAUGUUACAUUCAUUGGCUUGUUAUUUGCGUGUAGCCAUGCUGGUCUUGUGGAGGAUGGCCGUCGCUAUUUUGAAUCCAUGCAUAAAGUCCAUGGUAUAAGUCCAGGAUCUGAGCAUUAUGCCUGUAUGAUCGAUCUUCUCGGGCGGGCUGGGAAGAUGGAUGAGGCUGAGGGGCUACUAAACCGAAUGACUGUCGAACCAGAUGCAACUGUAUGGAAAGCAUUGCUUGCUGCAUGUAGAGUGCAUGGAAACAUGGAAUUAGGAGAAAGGGCAGCAUGGAACCUUUUCGAAUUGGAACCCAGAAAUGCAGUGCCAUACAUUCUUCUGUCCAAUAUCUACUCUGCGGCACAAAGAUGGGACAAAGCAGCCAAAAUUCGGAGGUUGAUGAAGGCAAAAGGAGUAAGUAAAGAGCCAGGGUGCAGUUGGAUGGAGGUGAACAGUACAGUGCACGCAUUUAUGGUUGAAGAUAGAAGCCACCCACGGACAGCUGAAAUCUACUCUAAGGUCGAUGAGAUUAUGAUCUUGAUCAAGGAGGCCGGCUACAUGCCAGACACUAAUUUUGCACUUCAUGAUGUUGACGAAGAGGGUAAGGAGAUUGGUCUUGCUUAUCACAGUGAGAAGUUGGCUGUUGCGUUUGGGCUUCUUAGUGUGCCUCUCGAGGCGCCAAUUCGGAUAGUUAAGAAUCUUCGAGUAUGCGGCGAUUGUCACACUGCUCUAAAACUCAUCUCCAAAGUUUUUGAGCGGCGUAUUGUCAUGAGGGAUGCAAAUUGCUUCCAUCACUUCAGUGAGGGGAGGUGUUCUUGUAGGGAUUAUUGGUAGAAAAUCUGCAUUUCCGAGUUCCCUUGAUAUUGGAUGUGGACAUUUCCUGGAGCUGUUUUGGUAGUUGAAGGCACUGCUGUAAGCUGUAAUUGGUCCACCACUUGCCAAGCCUAAGGUACUUGAUGGAUCAAAACUAUCACCCUUCUUUUUGCCAAGACUUAUUAGGUGGGCCCCACCGUGUAUGUGCCACGCAUUGAAAACAAGGCCUCCUUGGUCAUCAGGCAUCCUUUAUCCAUACAAAGAAAUGGAUGGCUGGAAAAGAAAACAGAGCAAAAGUCCCCGUUAACAGAUGAUUAGACCAUCCUGAUUUUGAAGCAGUGAAACAACUCAUCGACCUGGAUCUGGCAGGAUUAGGAUUUGAUAUCCAAAUUUUGGGAGCUCCCUUUUGCAGGGAACCUCCUAUGUUCUAUAGCUUAUGAAGGUACUAAUAGUGGAAAGCCAUGUUUUAAUGUCGACCGCAACCUACUCACGCAUUGAA